AACAUCGGUUGCUGAUUCCCACAAACAGAAUUGUUCAUUGAUGUGCAUCUCUAAGUUGUACCCAUCUACUGAGUAUGCCAUACCACAGAUGUUGGUCACCACUCACAGUGCUGUUACUGUUGUGGCGUCCCACACAAGUAUUACAGCUAACUACUGAUGGAAUGUCUCCUUUACCUAUGUCAACGCCAAAUCCAGCCGAGACAUUUGUACGCCUUGUUGGUGGGUCUACUGCCAAUCAGGGCCGGGUCGAAGUGUAUGCGUUUGGAUCGUGGGGAACAGUCUGUGACACGACCUGGGACGUCAAAGAUGCUGCCGUCAUUUGUUCCAUGCUGGGAUACUCCGACUUCACAUCUGGAGGUUCUAUCCAGCGCCAGGCGGCUUUUGGCGAAGGCACAGGUCCGAUAUGGCUGAAUAACCUGACAUGUCUAGGGUCAGAGGCGACCAUCACACAGUGUCCACUCGGAGGAUGGAGAGCAGAUGAUUGUGGCCACAACCACGACGCUGGAGUCACGUGCUCAUCAGCACAGCUACCCAACAACUUCCUGCUGAUAACAGAUUCGGCAGAUAAGAAGAUCUACCGUAUGGAUGGCCGCACCUACAGUUACGUCGACAUACCAGUGUCCUCAGCAGAUACCCCAGUGGCAAUUGAUUAUGACUUCGUUGAUGGGCGAAUCAUUUGGACAGAUGUUGGCUCCAAACAAAUCCGCAGUGUGACACUGGCUGGCACAACGGAGAAGGUUAUUUGGCAGCUCAAUACAGCGGCUGUGCCCAAUGGAAUCUCCGUCGACCCGGUGACACGCCUGAUCUUCUACACAGACACUGGCAACGACAUCAUUGGACUGAUGACGAUUGACGGCUUUGCUCACCUGGCUAUCAUCAAGGAAGAACUGGAUGAACCCAGGGCCAUCGUGUCGGACCCGUCCACAGGGCUCGUUUACUGGUGUGACUAUGGGCACAGUCCCAAGAUCGAGAGAGCGUCAUAUGACGGGUCGAUGAGAACUCCUCUUGUAACAACGCAACUGAUUCGACCAACAGGCAUUGCCAUCAACCCAGACGGUAAUGAGCUUUUCUGGUGUGAUGAGGGUUCUGGUAAAAUUGAAAAAUCUCGGCUUGACGGACGCAACCGUGUCGUUCUGUCUUCCAGCGUGGGGUCUCAGUAUUUCGGCAUUAUAUAUUUUAGUGACUAUCUCUUCUUCACCGACUGGUCCCAAAAAACUGUAUUUCGGAUGUAUGAUGACGGCACUGGACUGACGACGGUGGGGCCAGGUGGGUUUGGGCGUCUCAACGACAUCCACUACCACAGAGAUGGCUGGGGUCCAUCAGGUACUAAUGCGUGUAGCAACGGGCGUGGUGGAUGCAGCCAUAUCUGUUUGCCCAACCCUGGCAACGGUUUCUUUUGUAUUUGUCCUGACGGUCUUACACUUCAUCCAGACGGACUCACCUGUGGCAUCACUAAGCCAUGUCCGGCACUGUUUCCUCCGAAGUAUGGCUCCGUAUCCCCACACAACUGUACAGAGUUAGAAGCUACGGCUGGGACGUACUGCACGGCCACCUGCACGCCAGGCUUCUCUCUUCUUGGCCAGACAAAUCUACAAUGCAUGAGCAAUGGGCAGUGGAACAACUUGGGAGCUCCGCUUUUAUGUCAGGACACACAAGGUCCCAACAUCACCUGCCCAGAUAAUCUAGAUGUGAAAGCACCUAAAGGACAUGAAACAGCAAUAGUCAACUGGACACAACCCACAGCAUCCGAUAACACUGGCGAGGAAGUGACCAUAUAUCAGAGUCUGACGUCACCGAUUAACCUAGCUGAGGGAGUAUACACUGUUACAGUGGGAGCAGCGGAUGUAUCCGGCAUUACCACUACUUGUGUCUUCAAGAUAUCAGUCACAGUGUUGACAUGCGCCGACCUCAGCCCUCCUCCGAAUGGAUAUAUCGAUUCAACCAGCUGUCGGUCUUUCUAUGGGUCUACUUGUCACAUUAACUGUCGCCUAGGCUACACUCUGUCUGGUCCACGUGACAUAACAUGUGACAUCAACACUGCUGGGGAAGCUCGCUGGACAACUGGUACACCAACCACGUGUGUAGCUAUCAUCUGCCCGGCACCAGAGUCUCCGAUCCACGGCAGAUUGCUGAGCUGUGAAACGCCAUACAGUUAUCAGGAGCUAUGUGAACAGUCUUGUCAAGAUGGCUACACGCCUAUCAGUGGUACGACGAUCAGGCGUUGCGAAGAAGGCAGCUGGUCAGGACAACAGCUUGUUUGCGCCAAACCAAAUGACACCAGCAUUGUAACACGUCAUAGUUCGUGUCAUUCCCUGGUAAAUCCAAGUCAUGGCAACAUUCUCCCACGUCUCUGCGUCGGAUCCGACCUUCUACCCGGCACUCGCUGCACACUGACCUGUGAUGAAGGAUACCACGCACUGUCGACCAUCACACUGACCUGCAGCAGCACCGGGCAAUGGAAUCCCUAUGGCAACCCGCUGGUGUGUCUGUCUUCAGCCACAGCAGGUGCAGCACCUGACACAUCAACUCCAGUGGUGGCGGGGGCAGUGACUGGUAUUAUUAUUAUUGUGUUGAUCAUCGUCGGGGCAAUACUUCUUCAUCUGCAUAUGAAACGCCGUCCUAGAGGUAAAGUGACCGAUGAUGAGCAAUGUUCCAACAGAAGCACUAAUGGAAUACAAAAUCCGACCUUUGAGAACUCAAGUUGUUCUUAAUUUAGAUGAUCUGCCAUUCUCUCUAAAUUAUGCUUCCCAGAAGACUGUUUCCUAUAUGCCACAACUCUGCAAUGAAACACACAAACUUUUGCAUGUAAAACAAAAAGAAGAUUGUGGUGGUUAUUCAGACCUGUUGCUGUCUUGUUUUACAUUCGUGACCAACUUAGUUUGAACAUAUUUUCGUGACAAAACACAAUAGGACUGGACAAAAGUCUCUCAUUUGUGUACAUUUAAUAUUUGAAUGUUAAAGUUCAAUAUAUU